AUGACCUCUUUUAAUACUCCUGACACCACAUCUUUGGACGACGAUAACAAGACUUUGGACGACUACCAUAUUCCAACUAAUUCCACCCUGUACUUUGCAUCUUCACUGGACUCGCAGGCUUCUCUAGCAUCGCCAUCCCCAGCUCCUUCCACAGCGUCUAGCUCACCAGCGAAGAAGAGUAGGAAGCGCUGUACCUUUAAAUCAUGUAUUUCCGCUCCUUUACGAGGCGUUGGCGACUGUGUGUUCUGUGAGGGCCAUUUCUGCUCUAAACAUAGACUUCUAGAACAACACGACUGUGUUGGGUUACAGAACUGUAAGCAGCAGCUCCAUGAGCGCAAUGCUGUCAAACUACAUCAACAACAGACGGUCGCUAAUAAGGUCUGA